AUGAGUGAACCAUCGUGCAUUUCCAGCUUUCAAGGCCCUAUCCAGGCCUGGUUGCGGCCCGGACAGUGGUGCUUUGGGGUGCGGGCCAUCCGUCAAGGGGAGGAACGCUGGGCCUGUGGUUGCUCACGACAGCAGCUUGUGGACGGCUUGGAGGCAGUGGUGGCCAGCGCUCAACUCAACGCCCUGGCCAAUACCCGCAAGGUUCGCAUGGGCAAAGUCAAGGAGGACUUUUCUUUUGUGCGCAUUGAGAGCUACACGGCUUCUGCCGAAUGGCUCGACGUUACCGAGUUUCACAUUGAGAGUGCUGGCGAUGGUGUCAGCGUGCGCGUCAAGUCCUUUUCAUCUGGCUUUACCCCGACCUGCGUGCCUCUGGCCCCGUUGCUGAGCGCCGUGUGCUUCUGGGUCCCGUUCUCCGAUUAUGGCCCUCAAGGGAGCCUCAACAAGCUCCGAAUCAAGGAGAUUCGUGAGCAGCUCACCAAAGACGGCCUCGUACCCUCCAUUACAGUCGCCUGA